AAAACGAACUACCUCUCUCUCAACGAUUUCGAACGACACGAACAUCAUCACUCAUUUUCUUUCUUGCGCGAAACGUGAAUCCAUGUGCAAAUUUUUUUUACAUUCAUAGCCGGUGUAGUGUUUAAUUUUUAUCUAUUAUUCUUUUUCAAUCAAACUAAAACAAAAAACCAUAAAACGAAAGAAAACUUAUCAUUCUGAUCGCUAAUCUAACGCAAACGUGAAACAUUUGAUUUCAUUAUUCUAAAAGAGAGAAAAAAAAGUUCAUUUCUAUUUUUUUUCUCGCUUCGUUGGGUGAAUUUUCAAUCGAGCAAAUUUUUUUUUUGCAUCAGACAAGUUUCGUCGUCAAAUACAACAAAUAAAACAAAAAUGACUCAAUUGGUACCGAUUCUAGAAAAGACUGUGUCACCAGACCAAAAUGAAUUGUUGGCGGCAAAAACGUUUUUGGAAAAUGCAGCACAGCAAAAUCUUUCUGAAUUUCUGAAGGCAUUAUCGGAGGUGUUGGCCAAUAUAAACUGUAGCGCCGUAGCACGAACAGCAGCUGGUCUUCAGUUGAAAAACCAUCUCACGAGCAAAGAUGCCACCAUCACCGAACAAUAUCACAAUCGAUGGCUAUCAUUUCCGGAACCAACACGAGAAUACAUAAAAAAUAACAUACUUCAAGCAAUUGGUACGGAAACUGCCCGCCCAUCAUCGGCCGCACAAUGUGUGGCAUCAGUUGCAGUUGCUGAACUACCAGUUAAUCUGUGGGGACAAUGUAUACCAAUCUUGGUUCGCAAAGUUACCGAGGCAAAUACGACCGAACGGUCACGUGAAUCGGCUCUAGAAGCCAUUGGUUACAUUUGUCAGGACAUUGCACCUGGUGUUUUGGAGAGCCAAUCAAAUGACAUUCUAACCGCCAUUAUUUUUGGAAUGCGUAAAGACGAGCCAAGUAAUCAUGUUCGUUUAGCCGCAACGAAUGCUCUGCACAAUUCGCUCGAAUUCACAAAAGCAAAUUUCGAUAAACAAGUUGAACGAAAUUACAUUAUGGAAGUGGUGUGCGAAUCGACACAAAGUCCCGACUCACAAAUCGCUGUGGCCGCAUUACAAUGUUUGGUAAAAAUUUUAACAUUGUACUAUCAAUAUAUGGAACCAUACAUGGCCCAAGCUCUAUUCCCAAUCACAUUGGAAGCGAUGAAAUCGGACAACGAUCAAGUGGCAUUGCAAGGAAUUGAAUUUUGGUCAAACGUUGGCGACGAAGAGAUCGAUUUAAGCAUUGAAACACAAGAGGCAACAGAAAAUGGUCGACCACCGGCUCGUGUAUCGAAAUUCUAUGCACGCGGUGCUUUGCAAUACUUGGUGCCUGUUCUCAUGGAAAAAUUGACCAAACAAGAGGAAUAUGAUGACGAAGACGAUUGGAAUCCGUCAAAAGCAGCCAGUGUUUGUAUUAUGAUUUUAUCAUCAUGUUGCGAAGAAGACAUCGUACCAUUUGUACUGCCAUUUGUGAAAGACAACAUCAAAUCACCGAACUGGCGUUUCCGUGAUGCGGCUCUCAUGUCAUUCGGUUCGAUUUUGGGUGGUAUCAAUGAAACCACAACAAAACCGCUUGUUGAACAAGCCAUUCCAACAUUGAUCGAACUUAUGUAUGACGAAAGUGUAACGGUACGUGAUACAACUGCUUGGGUAUUUGGUCGAGUGUGUGAAUUAUGCCCAUCGGCCGCUAUAAAUGAAGCAUACUUGAAACCAUUAUUGGAAGCACUCGUUCGGGGUCUUAAGGCCGAACCACGUGUUGCGGCCAAUGUGUGCUGGGCCUUUACUGGAUUGGUUGAAGCAGCCGCCGAUCCAGAGAAUAACGGUGAAGGUAUGCAAGAGACAAACUGCUUGAGUCAAUAUUUCGAGUUUAUCGUACAACAAUUAUUGGAAACAACUGAUAGACAGGAUUGUGGUCAAGCCAAUUUGCGUGCAGCCGCUUACGAAGCAUUGAUGGACAUGAUUAAAAAUGCACCAAACGAUUGUUAUGCCGUUGUUCAAAAGACAACAAUGGUCGUUCUUGAACGUCUCAAUCAUGUGCUCCAAAUGGAAUCACAGAUUACACACAGCGAUCGCUAUCAAUUCAACGAUUUGCAAUCACUUUUGUGUGCUACACUUCAAUCAGUAUUGCGUCGUGUUACACCAGAAGAUGCACCACAAAUCAGUGAUGCAAUUAUGGGUGCAUUGCUUACCAUGUUCAGUACCAGUGCCGGUAAAUCGGGCAAUGUACAAGAAGAUGCACUGAUGGCCGUUUCCACAUUGGCCGAAUUAUUAAAUGAUAAAUUCUUGAAAUACAUGGAUGCAUUCAAACCAUAUUUGUACAUGGGAUUGAAAAAUCACCAAGAACAUCAAGUAUGUGUGGCUGCUGUUGGCUUAACUGGUGACAUUUGUCGUAUACUUCGCAACAAAAUCGCACCAUACUGUGAUGAGAUCAUGACAUUACUUUUGGAAAAUCUCAGUUUGCCAAAUUUGCAUCGUAACAUCAAACCGCAAAUUUUGUCAGCAUUCGGUGACAUGGCAUUGGGCAUUGGCACCGAUUUCAAGAAAUAUUUAAUGAUCGUUCUUCAAAUGCUUCAAGAAGCAUCCACAUUGCAAGUUGAUACAAACGAUUAUGAAUUGGUUGAAUACUUGAAUGAGCUACGUGAAAGUGUAUUGGAAGCAUAUACAGGCAUCAUACAAGGGCUUAAGGGUACCGAACGUGCACCAAAUCCAGAUAUUGAUCUACUCAAAAAUCAUGUACCGCACAUGAUUCAAUAUCUUGUAGCAAUCGCCCAAGAUCCAGAAAUCAAUGAUUCAAUCACAGCUGUAAUGGCUGGUUUGGUUGGCGAUCUAUGCAGUGCAUUCGGUCCAGCGUUGCUUACAUUCAUCGACAAUGAACACAUCUGUAAGCUAUUGCAAGAAGGACGUAAAUCUCGUGUUUCACGCACGAAACAAUUGUCAAGCUGGGCUUCGAAGGAGAUUAAAAAGCUACGAGAUCAACCCAUCCAACAGAUCGCUGCCAGCAGUUGGUAGAUUUGUUCCAGCCGAAUUCAACCAGCAGCUAUUGACAACAACCCAUUGGACCUAUCAAUGAAGACAAAACAAUAAAUGUAUUGCUGCUUAUUUGGCGUGCAUUAGAUCGCAUCGGCUUCACUCCCCACAUCCAUGGCCCAUUGGUGAAUGGAACAUCAACACAUCCAACAACCAAAAUUCAAUAAUUUAAACAAAAUUCUGUUCAAGUGGUAUAACACAAAUUUUUAGUUAAUAAGAAAAUCAAAAAAAAAAAAAUAAUAUGCGUUGAGCAAAUGAAAAUCUUAACAGAAAAUUUGUGUGUAUGUGUAUGAUUAAGCGUGAACGAAAGAGUGAAUGCUUUUGUUUCAGUUUGAGAGAAGAUAGAUAAAGAGAGAGCGAGAAUGGGUAACGUGAGCAUUUUGCGUGUCUGAGGGUGAAAAAUGCUAUUAUUGAAUUUUUUUCAUUGUAUGUAUGCCGUGUGACAGCGAAUCUUGUAUGUAUUUUGUAUGACUGAAAUCUUAUUUAACAUGAGAACGUGAGUAUAUUGCAAACUGAAAACCAAACACCAGAAUGAAAGUGAGAGAGACUGUAAAUAAUUAUGAAUGAGCAUUUUUUGCGCAUGGGGCCGUGUCCCCUCAAUACAUUUCGCCUAGAGAAUUCACCGUCUUUUCUUCAAAGCACUUUCCAUCAAACAAACAAAAAUUUGUACAAGUAAACUCCAUCGAAUUUUUUUUAAUUAAGAGGAAGAAAAUGAUUAUUUUUUUCCGUUAAUUCUUGGCAAUUUUUAAUGAGUUUUUACUUUUAUUCAAAAACAUUAUUGAAUGGUGCUUCCGAUAUUAAUUCGAUGGAAUUGAGUCUUCAUUUUUAUCGUUCGAGACAGAUACAAAUGAAACAAAAUAUGGUAAAAACGAAGAUUCAUUUUUAUUAAACGCAGAAUGUGAGAAAGAUAUAAAAAAAUAAUUCUUCAUUUCAUCAUCUCGACAAUUUAUUCGAAUGAAUGGAGUGAAAUGUAUCGCCUAUAUUUUUGAUGAAAAAAAAAAAAA